GUCGCCAGUAGCACUAGUCCUGUCCUAUAUAAACACUGCUAGUAGUAGUCCUACUAGACGCGAGUGGGCGAUCCACCACAAAGGAACCGAGAAGAGCACCCGCUCGAUCCGGGAGUGGCAGGUCGGCGAGGAGACGAAAGGCGGUCGGCGACAACAGACGCAGCUGCGGCGGAGAGUUUUGCAGGCGCGGGAGAUCACGCAAGUCUGUUGCGCUUGAAACGGAGGGGGGAAAAAAACAAGCAGCGGGGAGUCCCGUUCGUUGCCGGUACCACAACACGCAACUGCUGCCCCAGCAGCAGCAGCAGGAGGAGGAGGCGCCGGAGUCGCGCCGUCGCCGCCGUGCUGCAGGCAGAGGAGGACGGCGCCGGCCAUCAUGGGCCGGUACGAGCUCGUCAGGAGCGACGACGCGGCGGCGGGCGCCACGGGAACCGAUCUCGAGUGCGGCGCCAGCGCCAGCAAGGCGUCGACGACGUCGCCCGCGGCACCGUCGACGACGUCGCCCGCGGCCCGGCAGCCGCGGCUCGUCUCCCUCGACGUCUUCCGCGGGAUAACCGUCCUGCUUAUGAUUAUUGUUGACGAUGCUGGAGGCUUCCUCCCGUCACUGAACCACUCUCCUUGGGAUGGCGUAACAAUAGCUGAUUUCGUCAUGCCGUUCUUCCUUUUCAUAGUUGGAGUCUCGCUAACACUAGCGUACAAGCGGGUACCAGAUAAACUGGAGGCAACUAAGAAGGCAGUACUUCGUGCCCUCAAGUUGUUCUGCCUUGGUCUUGUUCUCCAAGGUGGAUUUUUUCAUGGUGUUCACAGUCUCACAUUUGGCGUUGAUCUAACGAAAAUUCGGUUGAUGGGCAUACUUCAGAGGAUUGCAAUAGCCUAUCUUCUGGCUGCAAUAUGUGAAAUCUGGCUCAAGGGAGAUGAUGAUGUAGAUUCUGGAUAUGGUUUGCUAAGGAGAUACCGCUACCAAUUAUUUGUAGGAUUGGUCCUCUCUAUAGCCUAUACUAUACUUUUGUACGGUAUAUACGUUCCAGACUGGGAGUACAAGAUAUCAGGCCCUGGUUCCACAGAGAAAUCAUUCUCUGUGAAAUGUGGAGUAAGAGGAGACACCGGACCAGCUUGCAAUGCAGUUGGAAUGGUUGACCGUACAAUUCUAGGGAUCGAUCACCUCUACAGACGGCCAGUCUAUGCGCGCACAAAGGAAUGUAGUAUAAAUUAUCCAGAGAAUGGACCUCUUCCACCCGAUGCUCCAUCAUGGUGCCAGGCACCAUUUGAUCCUGAAGGCCUCCUCAGCUCCGUUAUGGCAAUUGUCACUUGCUUGAUUGGACUUCAGUUUGGGCAUAUAAUUAUACAUUUUGAGAAACACAGGGGAAGAAUCACCAAUUGGUUGAUCCCUUCCUUCAGCAUGUUAGCUCUAGCCUUCUUAAUGGACUUCAGCGGAAUGCGCAUGAAUAAACCAUUAUACACAAUAAGCUACACUUUGGCUACUGCUGGCGCUGCGGGUCUUCUUUUUGCUGGAAUUUAUGCUCUUGUGGAUCUGUACGGGUUCAGAAAACCUACCAUUCCCAUGGAGUGGAUGGGGAAGCACGCCCUGAUGAUAUAUGUCCUGGUGGCAUGCAACAUCCUGCCCAUGUUCAUCCGUGGCUUCUACUGGAGGGACCCCAACAACAGCCUUCUGAAAGUCAUUGGUAUCGGCGCGUGAAGCCAUGAUCUUCUACAUGUUCAGGCCUAAACUUGGACACGGAUUUUUCUUCUUAAUAUAAGGAUGCACAGCUCUCUCGCGUGUUCGAGAAAAUUAGACUUAGAUACGGACGGGAUGCAGAAGUAGGUCCUCAGGCCAAGUUUUGCUAUGCGGUUAGAGCACGAUAGUGCUCAGCUCAUCGCCAUGGGGCUGCCUAUUCUAUCAGCACUCCCGGGCUGGCUGUUGCCAAGGAGAGUCCAUUCUCCCUGAUCACUUUGUAUAUGGUGGAGUUGAGCAUGUAUAUGACAUCAUACGAGUAAUACGAUGGGAUUCAGAUGAAAUAUAGUACAUAUCCAAACAAGUUCUCACUGGAAACUUCAA